AUGGCGGCAAAACGCGCUGUGAUUUGCAAUUUCGAGGUUGGUGACUUCGUGUUGUGGUCACGAAUUGACGCUCGACUUCCUACUCGAAAGCUCUUGGGUCGUUGGGCCUUUUCAGGUAACCAAGGCCCUCUACAUAGUAAUCGUUUCGGAUUCGCCAUCUACUCACUGGGGGCUGCGUAUGACGUGCCCGGCUCACGCCUGAAAUUCUACCAUGACGCAGACUUCGACGAGACCGCCGAAAUAUGCGAGCACCUGUCCUUACAGGACAUUAUAUUCGAGGCUCGUGACAUGGUUUCGCAUCGGCGCCUGGUGGUAGCAUGGCGUGGACUGCAGUCUAUCGAGAACUCCUGGGAACCUACCCAUUCAAACAAGCGUGCCGUUCCGGCACUAGUGACGAAGUAUGCCAAGGCGCACAGUGUGGGCGAAUUACUGUAG